AUGCUCUAUUUUAAUAAGGAAUUACCUUAUCCAACUGGAUUUGGUCGAUACAUAGAUGGUCCAAUACUUAAAAGUCCAUUUAUUCAUGGGCCUAGUUUAAGUUCAGUAUGGAAAGGUUUGGAUUCUUUUUGUGUUUAUGAUAAUAAGGGUAACCAUUUAAGUUCUAUAGAUCCUUCUAAUGGGAAUAUGACUAAGCCACCAGUAAAAGGAAGAAAAAUCAAUAUAUCAUAA